CGCGCCGCGCGUCGAGGAACGAUCCGUUGCUAGUCGCGACUCCACGGAGAGAAAGAAAGAGAAAGAGGCAACUGUGUGCAAUAGCAGUUAGAAGGCCGUAGCACAAGAGAGGCGACGAGGGAGAGGGCCUCUUCAUCUCCUCCGCGACGCGCGCGGCGCGUGAAGCCGCGCGGAAGAGAGCGAAGGGAAGGAGCGGCGCGAGCGAGAGACGUCGGCGAGAGCGACAAGGAUGCGCUCGCCGCAAGGACGAAGACGGAGCGGCGAAGCGCCGCCGAGCUCGUGUCGUAGGCUCCGACUUGUGUGCUCGCAGCCACAAACUACCCGACCACCACGCAGCACGGAUCCACCACGAAACCUUACCGUAGAGUAGUCUCUCCACGUUGCUCACCCCGCCGCGCGACGCCGCUCCGGAAUACGAUCCCUUUCGUCCCUGGCGGCUGUCUCUCCCCUGCGAUUUGUGGGGACCGCUUGAAAUUCGUGGCUCAAAGGACGAGCUCUUUGGACCGAGCGCGAAUCGAGAGAGAAAGAGAGAGAGAGAGAGAGAUCCCGGAAGGACGGAAAACCUCAACGAUAAUAUUUUAAAUUGUCUCUUAUGCCGCCGCUAAUGGUACCGUUGGAGUAUGAAGAGGAAAUCUCGAAGAGGGUUCGUCUGGAGAUGUUGACGUUCAGCUGUGGCAUUGCGUGACGCAUUGGACAAAAUAAAGGAAAUAGAAGAGGUCGAGGACAGAGCCGAUGCUUUAUUGGAGAUUGCCGUCGUAUUGCCUAAUCGCCGAUGUCGCCUCUUUUUAGCGAGAGAAGAAAUGUAUGAGCAAAAGGAGAGGCUACGUAUGAUCGCCAUAUUAAAUCUUUCCGACGAGAAACGUGAGAAGCCAUAAACGCGCACCAAUUAGAUUUUCGUUUGAAAGAGAAUCGAUUUUACAAAUUUUACUAAGAUCAAACGUAUUAAUUAAAAUUAUACAUCUCGAUCCGUCUAAAAAUUUACAACACACACAUAAAAACAAAGAAGAAAAGAAGAAAUCAUGUGCCUCCCUAAAACAAGUGGCACCUGCUGCACAUUGGUUUGCCUUCAAUAAGAAUCAAUUACAGAUUUACUCGAGAUUGAUUCUUCAAUUAAUCGAACACUCCUUUUAAGUGAAGAACGUACAAGUUAUUGCAAUUGGAUAAUUUUUCCAUUGAAAAGUGUAUGGUGCGAUCGAUUCUUUAUUUCUGAAUUUUGAAAACUUUGACGUGAACAUUGAGACGAGUACUUGAAGAUAUCGUAAGUUUUGCGGUGUGAAAUGGUUUCUGCAAUUAUACGCGUGCGUUGAGGUAUCGUUAAUUGACUCGUCAGACGUUUAAUAAUUACCGAAAUAGUAAUAAAAUCCGUGACGGGGAACAGUGAAUUAAAUUUGAAGAUUAACUGGCGAAUGUGCGCGGCGCGAUUGUUAAAAUGCUGAUUCUGUGGAAAAACACCUCCGCGCAUUAUCGUUCUUGACGGCAUCCAUGUGCUGCGAGGAUCAUCGAUCAUUGAUCUGGCUGUAGUGUCUACGAUCACCGAUGAAACUUAUCACAUGGCCUGCCGUGUCUAGCUGAUAUUUAACAGAAUGCUGUGGGGAAGAUGCGUUCUCUAGCCCUCGUUCUCAUGAGCUUCAACCUCCUGCGAGUCGUUGUUCGCUGCCAGGAAUUAUCGGUCAUCCGGCACUCCGAUGGAGAUAUUUUUACCAUCGAAGGUUCUUGCACGGAGGCCUGUACAGUGCUCAGCAGCGGCACCGCCAGUCCUUACUCCCGGGGUUCCUCGAGCUCGAGCCUGCUUGUGCCGAACAGCUCCUGCACGUGCCAGUGUAACUUCGACUUGCCUAUCUUUCGGGAGGAUCUUCACAUAUGCGUCAACGACAUCCACGAGUGCAACGUUGCUGGAUUUGUCAACAGCAACGGCCACGUGGAGAAAGUGCCGUAUGUCUUCUUGCCACAGCGAGGGCAGAUAAUAUAUCCACAUGCGGAGAUUCGCUUCGAAGGUGUGACCACUCCUGUAUGCGGGAUCGCCGGUGCCCAGCAAUUGGGGAAGGCGGGAUGGUCCGAAUUGAGGAAUCUCUCCGAUGCUGAGCCGCCCUUCAGACUGUUUCGAGACGAAGGCAGGACGUUCCUACAGUGGAUCGGCGAAGCUGGGCUAAGAGAAGCAGCGGAAGGACGAGUCGUGACAGCCAAGCUUGUCUGCAGAGACGCAUCACCAAAGUCCACAUUCUCUGGGGUUUUCACACCUUGCGUGGCUUUUAGAGUGGCCGGUUCACCGUCAAAAAAUAGCGUACGAGAAGUAAUGUUCUCGUCAACGUCCCAGGUGUCGCAAGGUUUAUCAGCUACGGAAUACACCGCCAUCGGUCUCUCCUCCAUAAUCUUAGCCCUCAUAUACGUGGCUAGCGUAUCGUUAUAUUUGCACAGUAGAAGGGCGAAGAGAAAAUCCAUCGAGGAGGCGAACAUUACUCUCGACGGUGGUCGAGACGGCGGCGGAUUGGUGAAGAGUAAUCCGUUGUUGGCGGCCACGAGACAUUUCGAGAGCGACACUAAUAGCGGACUCACCGAGAGUGAUUUAGGCGAGGAUCUUCCCGCGAGCGAUAACGAACAAGGCUUCGAAAAUCAAAUAACGUCCGCAAUCGUUCAUCCGCACUGCGUGUACCUGGAGCAAUCGGAAGGACCCUUUCCCGUGGGUUCCAUUCUGGGCGAGAGGCUACCGGAAGAGGAUGUACGGGUCGUGGAAACGGCUGACAAUCCGCACCAGCAAGAUGUACCGGUUCUUCCAGGUGCUCAGCGGAGAAAAUUGUAUUUCAAUCCCGCGUACUUCGAUCGACAGCUAUUGCUGGCCCCACCUCCGGCUGCCAUCGAGUUCUUGCUCAAAAUCCGAGAAGUCAUCUCCAUCGCCAAGCACAAGAUGGCUGCAAAGAGAUUUGUUCCUACCCUUAUCGGUAUUCCGGAAGAGGAGAGCAGUUCCGAGCGAUGCGAAUCAGCAAAAUCGAGCAAGUAUCAACAAAGAACGACUCCAAGUUCCAUUCAGGGCGGUUCGGUCGCGAAAUCGCGCAAAUCCCAACGGUGCACCGGGUGUCCCGGCUGUAGCGAGUCUCCUCGGCAGCUUCCCGCUCUUCCCGUACCCGAACUACCCAGCCACGGUGAGAGCAAAGUGCGCGCCUGGUUAGAAGACGUGCGACCACCGCAACGUCGCUGGAGGGACGUCGAGGACACGCGCAGAAACUUCCAGGAGAACGCUCGAACAUUCGCCAGAAAUCUGGAGUAUCUGAAGGAACUGGCCAGACGCGAUUUCGGCGAUCCGGACGAUCGCGCGAAUCUAGUCGGCAAAUCGGUGUCGUCGUGGAAGGACAAUCCGCCGAUGCUGAGGACCUUCCAGAAUAUCGCAGCUAGGAGCGAAAUUCUGGAGAACGACGAUCGCCAUAGCGUGUCCAGGCGAUCGACCAGGUCCAUGUUCGAGGAAUCCGAGUACGAUCGUCACGGUCGCGGAAAGCGUGCAAACGGUAGACCGUUCCAAUUCACUGCCGGUGACGACGCGAUAAACGCGAAAGUCCGCAAGGCCAUCGAGAAUUCCUUCAUCAAGCAGUUGGAGGAGAACGCGGCCAUGGAGAGCGAGACGAAGGGGAGCGUGAAAGACGAUAGGAACAACAAGAGCGAGGACGAGUCAUCAAAGACGGAGAAAUCGUCCAGCAAUACGGACAAAUCGGAGAAAUCGCAAUCUCAGCAAUCGCAGAAUAAUCCCGUGACAAAAAGAUCGAGGAAGUCGAAGGCGCCAUGCGUACCACCACUGAAGAAAAAGGAAUUACCGGAUAUGAUUAACGAGCUGCCCGGCGCGAAGAACACUGCAAAACGUAUUAUGGACGCUGUGAUACGCGAGAUGGUGGACGUGAAGGCUUUGGAUCAUCAUCACACUAGAGCGUCCGAUCGUCCUACGGCUAAUGGUGAUUAUGAAGUAGAUAGUUUGGAGCGUUCCAAGUGCAACCGGAAGUUGUCGACGUCACCGGAUCAGUCAUCGAUAGACAAUCAAUCGAGCCCGGCCUUGUCCACGGCGUUGCCGAUGGACGAGGAGCUAACGAUGCAAAAUGCAGUGAUCAAUACGCGAACCGGCGAGAUGACAAUGUCGAAGCUCAGUAAUCAAAUUCUCGCCGAGAAGAAUUGCUACAAUAGUCUGCCAGAACUAAUUAGCAGCCAAAGAUCAGAGACGUAUUCAUUGGUAAGCGAGGUUUACGUGAACGACGGCUACGCCAGUCCGGCCUGUAGCGACGACAGCGGUCCGGAGAUUCAGUACGAGCCAGAGAAUCCAGGCCAUUUGACUAUCAAGGUUCAGGAUUCGCCAGAAAACUACGUGAAGCUCGACGAGUCCGAAUACGAACCGGAUACAUUGGAUCGAAAACCGAUGAAGCUGCGGAUAAACGACGAUAUACAAUAUGACCGAAGAGAAAUUACCAACGAGAUUUAUGUAGAUUCGUUAGAGCGACCGGCUCAGAUCCUUCUCAGGAGCAGGGGCAGUUUCCGCGAUGAGGAUUCCUCGCAACAACGCAGCCACAGCAGUUUACGGGAGAUUUACGAAGCGAGGAUUAAAUCGAAUCUGAAGGACCCACACUUGACGAACGGUCACGACCCUGAAUGUAAAAUGAACGGCGAGUCCGACGGCUCUCACUCGUGGAAGAAGUGCAGAUACCUGACGCCAGACAGUAGACAAGCGAAGAGACAACGACAGCCGCACAAUCAGCCGGACGUGGUGCCGUUGCCGCCCAAGGAGGAAGAAGAGAUCUACCAGCGGCCAAAACCACCGCGACGCAUCGAAGAUGCGAAACUGCCACCGUUAUCUCCGUCAAAAAACGCCUGGGACGGGAGUCUUGUCGGAGCGGGUAACCCUACGGCCAGCAACGGCGCUCCUGUCCCGAAAGCUGACGGAUAUCAUGUAGGGGACCAGACCUGCCUUUGCGCAUCACAGACUCAAGUCGAUAUUGUGACUAAGUUUGAGGUUUACAACGAGGAGCAUCGCAACGAUGUCAUCAUUCCUUUAACGGAAACGACGUUCUUCGAUGAGACAAUAGGCAAAUGUACCGUAACGAACGGUUGCAGGGACUGUCCAUGUGAGACGCGAAUCGAGAUUGAAGUUCCUGAGGACAGGUACAGGUUCUACGAGCAUGUUGAUGCCUCCAAGGAGAUCUCGGUGCGAGGAACGAAGAUGACACGAGAGAAACGGCCCAUUAUGAGCUCCCCUCAUCACAGGAGUUCCACGAGAAGUUCGAGGACGCGAUCGUGGAGCGUUGAUCAUCACCCGGAAGAUGAAGACAAACUUCUUAACAACGGCAAGGCGCAGAGCUGCUCCAGAACGAGACAGCUGAUGAAAGGUCUCUCGAAAAGCUGCGAUUCUACCUCGAGUGUACUGCCGUUGAUGGAUAAUCGGCGUGGUCAGAUCAAGAUCGAGGAUAGUGGGUAUCUCAGUAGCACCGACAGCAACGGUUCGCAUAAGCGAUUGCUGAGGCACGAGGUGAGUAGCGUGUCCGAGGAGACCGAUGAGACUGAGUCAGUGUGUGACGGCGCCAGCGAGAGCGGCGCCGAGAGCGUCGGCACUGACAGUGUGUUCUUCGGCAACUUUCGCAGACUGUCAGAAAUCUCCAAAAGCGCCGAUUCCGGCGUAGAUCUUGGAACGAGGAAUCCAUCGUAUUAUCAGCCGCUAUUUGGCGCAAAGACCGAGACCUCGGUGACACUGGAGAGAGCGAAUUUCAGCACGAGUGACAGUGAAACUGAGAGUCUCGUCACCGUAUUGCCUCCCUGUAGUCAGUGCAACAAGUUGGUAUCGUAAGCAGUGCCAAAGUAUCCGAUCGAAGUAGAUGAUUUUUUUCACGGAUCCUCUGGUAGGAUCUGGUAGGGCAGUGCCUGUAGUAUCUUGAUAUCGAUAUCUUGGUCUCUGUUUCAAUCGAGUAAGUUUUAAAACAUGCUUGUAAGAAAAAUACCUUUAAAAUUGCUAAUAUUUUAUAUUUAUAAUAUUUUUUGCAAAUGCUCACAAGAUAAAUGAAGAUAAUUUCUACAGAUGUAACGACAGCACAAAGAUAAAAUUAGUUAAUUAUUUUUUUAUUAUGAAUGAUUUUAAGUGUAUUGUUAAGAGUACUUAGUAUCGCGAAUAUAAAUCUUUUAGAAAUGUCAUAUCGUAAAAAUUAGAGCAACUUAUUGAAAUUGUUUCUUAUUUUAAUCUAUUUUUUUGGUUAGAUUUAUAUUGCAACAUUAGGAUGCAAUGCAAUACUACUUUUAGUGCAUAAGUAGAAAUCAAAAAACGAUUUGCCAUUGUACUAGAUAGGGUAUCAAACAUCAAGUCCGUUAUUGAUAGGACAACAGAAUUUUCUGGUAUUAAAUUUUCAAGAAAAAAACUUGAAAGAUUCGAAUUCAUGAAAGAUUAAAUUAAAAAUGCUAAUAAAUUCUGAUGAAUCAAAGCGUCAGAUAAAUUUUACAUUUUCACAGAAAAGUUUCAUGGCCAGUAUAGGAAAAAAUUAACUUACAAAUUCGUUUAUCAAUAUAGAUAGCUUACACAAUCUUGAUAGUUUUAUAAAUAUUACAAUUAACUACACAAAGCGCGUUAUGCGUGCUUAAAAGUUCAUUAAGCGGGUAAAUAAUAUAUUGUUUUCGUUCAAUUCACAAAAGUAGCAAUCGAAAGACUUCCGCGCACUAAAUAUUUUUUAUAUUAACAUAUCUUUAAGUUAAAUUAUACGCGGAAGUUCAAAAUAUAUUUAUGAAAAACAUAUUUAGAUUAUUAUUUUUAAAAAUGACUAACUUCUCAAUAUCGAUUUGAGAAGAAAGUUUAAAGAAAUAUGUAAAUAAAAGAGAGAGAUUCGUAACAGUAGCUCACAUCCGUAAAAUAAUUUUUACAAAUAUAUAAGAUACAUGUGUUAUGUAUUUAUUUAUAUUUAUUACUUUUUAUUAAUUAAUAAGGUACAGAUAAGGCAUGUGAAAUAAUUUCCAUGGAGAAAGUGAUAAUGUUUUUAUCAUAGGUACCGAUAAAAACACUUAUUUAUGGAUUUUUUUCGAUUGACUGCAGUUAGUGCGAAAUUAUUGAAAUUAUCGUAAUUGCUGCAAUCGAAAUGAUAUGCUAGACGUAUCAUCGGCCGGAAGUGCAAUAUUAGUCCGUAAUAAAAAAUAUAUGCACAAAUAAUAAAUUAAGUAAAUAGCGGGCACGAUACGUUUUGAUGCAUUAGACUAGAGUCAUUAUGAUAAUAAAUAUUCAUUAAAUAUGCAAAGUUUGUUUAACAGUAACGAUAACGCGAAAGUAAAAUAAUUAUUAAAUUAUUAAGAUGUAUUUAUUAUGAAUAAUUUUAAGUAUUAUUUUUCCAGAUGUUUUUUAAAUCACCAUUUUUAAAGAUUUACUCGUUGGAAGACGUUAAUUGUGGGAGAAUAAUUUAUAUGUAAAUAAGCCAAGAGUAAUGAUAUCUUGCCAAAAAGGUAUUAAUAUCUUAUAUACUUUUCUGAUGUUAUAGAUGCUACGAGAGUUGUUCCUCCUCUUAUUUUUUCAUAUUUCCAGUUACUAAAAAUUAUUCUAGAUGAUUAUUGCAGUUGUUACGAAUUAAUUGCGAGCAUGACUAGGAUAUUUUCGUCGUCUUUUAUGAAAAGUCCAUUAAUUUACAGGUUGGAACAAAAUGGUGCAUAAUAUUAAUAUAUAAGAAUUGUAUGUAUUACGCAACAUAUAAUUUAUGAACUUAAUCUUCAUUUUUUUAUAUUUCAUGAUAUUCCUCGUAUUUAAGGUUUAUCUAUCGCUAGUACUCCAAAAGAGUGAUUUUUGCAUAGAAGCAAAAUAAUAUAUUUUUACAUGUUAUAUGUUAGCUAUUAUUUUGUUUGAAAAUUUUAUAUUUAAUAUUUAAUAAUUUUAAAUUAAUAUAUUUCUAUCUACUUUUUAAAAUUGUUAUAACAUUAGAAGCGCACGCUUCCAUGUACCUGCCAAAUGUAAAUAUUCAAAAUAGUUCUUAAUAUAUACUGUUAAUUUACAUAUGCUACUCAA